GGUGCGGCUGUGGCGGGAGAUCAGCUGGGGUGCGAGGAGUUGUCGCUCGCCGGCUGGCCCAACGCAGUGGCGAUCCAUAGCUCUCGCGUUCUGUGCAGGUGUUUCCUGUGUAGUUGAAGCCUACGUAGUGAAGUGUCAGCAUGGUUACCAACAAGGAAAGAGAAAUUAUAAUUGACGCUAUCCGAGUUCUCAGGUCUCGCCGAGUGAGACCCAGUGCUCGAAAGAUUGCAUGGUAUGUAAGGCGUGAGCACCUACUGUCGGAGGCGACGACGGAGGCGGUACUUGAUGAGCUCGUGGAGAGUGAGGAUGUACUGCGCGUGGAGUAUAAGGGUGCUACCUCCUAUCGUGUGGCAGCUUCAUGGUCCAAGGCUGCCCUGGUGCGGCGCCGGCCCACUCGUACUAAAGUGAAUGUUAUGAACAGUGAGGCAACCUGUCGCGCUUUGCGGAUGGCAGUUGAGGCAUGCGACCCGGGCGGCGCCAGUAAGAGUCAAAUUGAGGAAAAGUUGGUUGCCCUUGGACAUGGACGCCUGGUAGACAAGCUGGACGUGCUGCUUCAUCGCGAGAUUCGUGCUGGGACACUUCUGCGUGUUGAGACAACUCACCGCACCGCUACUCUCAUCACCUACGUGGUACCCGCCGACGCCCCUGCUCCUCCCCCCUCACCUCCCUCGCCUGUCCCUGAGGAUGAGUACAAUGAGGAAACUUACCGAGUUGAAGGAAUGAUUGAGGAAGUAGAAGAAGAGGACGCUCAAGAGACCAAACACAACGCUAACCUGGUUGAAAUUAAAGAAGAACCAUUAGAUGAACAACUGGUCGCUUGUCAUUCAACCAAGGAGCCCGUCCUGAAGCGAGGCCUGACCGGCCGGCGGCGCGGGCGGCCCCCACUCAAGAGUUACUCCACCCCUCCGGCCUCGUCACGGGGUCGAGCACCAUCCCGUCGCAAUAAGAGAGCCAAGAAAGUGUUCGACCCUAGCGAGGGAGGGCUGGCCGUGGCGGGUCGUAAGAAGGCCAUCCACCGGUGUGACGUUUGCUUCCAGACCGUCGGGCAGCACACGGUUCAGGAAGAUCUGUUGGUGUGUCACAGAUGUUCAGCCCGAGCUCAUCCAAGCUGUCUGGGAUACAGUGCAGAAUUGGCUGUCCGUAGUCGGAUGGGACCAUGGACAUGCAUGGACUGCAAGCACUGUGCCAUAUGCAACAUGGACCACAAUAUUGGCACUCUGAUCUUCUGUGACGAGUGUGACAGAGCUUACCAUCUCACCUGCCACCAGCCUCCCCUGAAUGAGCAGCCACAGGGAUCCUGGAUAUGUUUUGCUUGCUCUCCUCACUCCUCACAAAGUCCAUAUGACUGCUUGCCUGGUCUUCCAACUCCACGAGACUCCCCAGUACCUGAUGAUGAAAGCCGUGGCUCCAGCGGGUCAUGGGACAACAACAUCUAUGACCCAGAGGUUCCCAAUGUCACUCACUGGACUGUUGAACAGAUUAUGGAAUACUUUAACGAGAAAGGAUUCAAGACUGUCUCGGAUGUCUUUAAAGAGCAGGACAUUGAUGGAACUGCACUACUGAUGCUCACUCGUGCUGAUGUGCUGAUGGGCCUCAAUCUGAAGCUGGGCCCAGCACUCAAGGUGUAUAAGCAUGUACGGAUUCUCCAAACCAGACUUACAAACCCUCCACUUCCUGGACUGUAGGCUAAGGUAUUCUUUUAGAGUAACUGCUGAAAGUUUCGUUAAUGAAAGUUUAUACAUAUCAUAUUUAUUGCGGAAUGGUUCAGAUUCCGACUAAUGUUACAUAUGGUUGUCUCCGUAGACAUCAUCACUUGACUUAAGAAAUUCAACAAAUUAUAUUUUGCCUACUGUUAUCCAUAUUGGAAGAGGAUAGUAAAAUCUUUGCUUAUUUAAGAUAAUCAAGAGCUAACAUUUUGAAUAUCAUUUUAUUCUUUUAAGUGAAUUCUCCCUGCUAUAUUUAUAUAUAUAGGUAUAAGGAAAGUAAAAAUGGAAGCUUAUUUUAAUUGUCCUUCUUUAUAUAAUAAUCAGUUAAUUCAGAGAGUGAUCUUAUGAUGAAUAGAAUGUUAAUCCUUUGUAUAACUAAACAUAGGUAAUGCAUAUUUGCCAUCCAUUUAGUGCUUUGUAAGUAUGAAGUAAACAAAGAUUUUUUUCCAGAAACAUAUGCCAUUUUGUCACUUUUUUUUUAUACAUUGAUUAUAUUUGUACAUGCAUGUAUGUAUAUGUAUGUAUGUAUGUAUGUAUGAUUAUAUUCAUGUUUUAUACAUGCCUGUUACUUGUUUAGAGUUGAAACAGUUUUAGGAACUGCUAUAGUCAGUGUCCUUAAGUGAAUCUAAGUACUAUAUUGCCAUUUGUUGAUAUUCCUUUGAUGAUUUUACAUUUAUUAACAUUUAUGUCACUGAAUAUAGAAGCUGAUUGGUGCUUAAGCUGUGUUUUUUAUGACUGAUUUUCUUCCAUAAUGCUGACAUCCAUCAAGAUCAGAAAAUUUUUUUUUUCUCUCU